AUGUCGACCGUUACCCUAUCACCCAACUCCAGCUCGUCUUCUUCCAAAAGUACUGUUUCUAUCUCAGCUCCUUGUCGUUCUCGGACUCGUUCUGGUACGGUUCGUCGUUCGACUCGUUCUGGGACUCGUCUUCAACUCAAAGCCAACCUCUCAACUAUCCAGAAAGGAAAUUCUUCUAUCUCUGAAUAUGUUUCAAAAAUCAAGGAAAUUGCUGACGCUCUUGACUCUGCCCAUGAACCUGUUUCUGAUCUUGAACUUGCCUCCAUUACACUUCGUGGUUUGGGUGAUGGCUGGAUCAACAUAUAUUCUGCAAUCCUUUGUCGAUAUGCUCUUCCAACUUUUUCUGAACUCCAUGCAUUACUUCUCAAAAGUAACUCAUCGUCUAAUAUCCAAAAUCCUAGCUGGGCUGUUUCUUCAGACUGCAACAACGGUAUUGGUAGUGGUGUUUCAGGAUUUUCUUGUUGUGAGAAUGAUGAUGAGGCAAAGAUGCUCCGAAUUGGAUUUGUCAAGCCUGAGAUUAUCAGCUGGGCACCACGAAUCAUUGUCCUGCAUAAUUUCUUAACUUCGGAGGAAUGUGAUUAUCUUAUAGCAACUGGCAAGCCCCGCCUCCAGCCUUCUAAGGUACAAGGCGCAAAAAUAGGCGAGGCAUUCAUUAAGAGUGAUGCUAGGACAAGAUUUGGUAUGUAUUUAAGCAAGGAGGACAGUAAGAAUCCUAUUGUACAGGCAAUUGAAAGACGAAUCUCGGUAUUCUCUCAAGUACCAGUAGAAAAUGGAGAGCUUAUGCAAGUUUUGAGGUAUGAAAAGAACCAGUUCUUCAGGCUACAUCACGACUAUUUCUCAUCCACGUUUAACUUGAAGCAAACAGGAGGUCAGCGAAUAGCAACAACGAUCAUGUAUUUGAGUGACAAAUUAAAAGGAGAAGAAACUUACUUCCCCAUGGCUGGAAAAGGAAAAUGUAGCGGUGCAGGAAAAAUGUUAAAGGGGUCGUCUGUAAAACCCAUUAAAGGAGAUGCAGUUCUAUUCUGGAACAUGGGACCUAAUGCAAAGGUAGAUCCAAAUAGUUUACAUGCAGGAUCUGAUGUCUUAUCUGGAGAGAAAUGGUCUGCUACAAAAUGGAUGAGGCAAAAUAAAUACAGCUAAUAUCUCUCCAACUGCCGCUAUCCCAUUUAAAACCUCUUGGGAAAAUCUUUUAUAUACACAGGUAAUCUUGAUUAGAAUGGUCUAAAAAAUUUCUAUAUCCGAAAUUAAGGAAAUUAAAGAGAAAAUAUUAGGAGGAAGUUUGAGAUUGAACGAAUGCAAUGCACAUAUUCUUGUACCUCUACCCUGCAAAGGACAAUGUGAAAUGCUGCUUAUGAUCUGCAAGUUUUAAAAUAUUUUGGUAAAAAGUGCACAAGAGCGCAUUCUUAUUGA